GAUCGAGUCGACCGAACUGAUCGUGUGUGUACAAGGGUGGAAACAUGCUGAAACGGAACGAACACAGGCACAAUUCGGCUGGGCAAGGUUGGAGGCGCUAUGCGUCGCGUUCAUUCGCUCGGGCUAAGCUAGUACUAGCGGAGGGCCUACCCCGAGAAGGAAGUUAUGAUCGCACAGUUAUAUGGCUGUGUGUCGCCGUUGAUCGCGUGUAACAUAAAUCCGUCCGCUAGUGCGAUUGAUCAGCGAGCAAUUAGUGUGUGAGCAGAGUGACUAAUUGUGCCCGAAAACUGUGAUAGAUAUUGUGUGACUUCUUCUCAGGGCUGACACUGUGUACUGUACCGCAAUGUAUCGGAUUUGCGCAUACGAUUGAACCGUUAGCUUGAUACAGGGUGUAGCUGUAACCGUGGCCACGGGUUUCGUACGGGGCAAUUAAGCCUUAGGCCCUCUUCCCUCUCGCGGUGCAUCUGUCGAUUGGUGUCGAUGUGUGUGGCGGCGCGAGUAGUGUAGCGAUCAACCACAGCUCACAUCACCAUCACCGACGAGGUAUCGUCUCCACUCAAUGACACCACGGUUGGGCGGUGCUGAAAGUACACAUCGCACACCACCAACCCCACACUAGUUCCAGGGGUUCGUCGCGGCCGAUUUUCCAAGAUGCCACGGAAGUUGCUUAAGUUUCUGAUCCUCUUCGACAACACGUCGCUGCUGUAUUUCCCGGGACAGUUUCUUUCCGGACGCGUUCUGCUGGAGCUGCAGGACGACACACCGGUGUUGGGACUUCAUUUCCAUGUGGUUGGCGAGUGUGUCGUUCGUGUGCGGUCGACCCGCCACGAACGGUCGUACGACAAGGAGAACUAUAUCGAUUUCCGAAUGCGAUUGCUGGGCGAUUCCGACAACCAAGGUCCAACGAUCCUGUCCCCCGGUAUACACAGCUUCCCGUUCAAGCUCGGGCUGCCGGUCGAUCUGCCGUCGACCUUUCUCGGCCGGUACGGUUGGGUGCAGUACUUCUGCAAGGCCGGGCUGCGCGAACCGUCCGGGCUGAUACACAAAAACCACCAAGUGUUCAUCGUGAUGAAUCCGAUCGAUCUGAACCUUGAGCAGCCUUAUCUGGCGGAUCCUUUUAAGUGCAACAUUGAGCAUAAUCUCGGCAUGGCGUGCGUUGGCGGAGGUAUCGUAAAGUGUAAAAUCAUUCUCGACCGUGGUGGGUACGUGCCGGGCGAGUCGAUCAUGAUAACGGCAACAGUGACGAACGCCAGCAGUGUUACGAUCAAGUCCACGAAAGCUGCUCUUACGGAGACGAUACAGUAUUUCGCGCGUGAUAAGGUAAUGCAGACCGAAAAGCGAGAGCUGGCAGUGAUAGCCCGCGGAAAGAUACGGGCCGGUCACAGGGACGAAUGGCAGAAUGAAUCCCUCUACGUGCCACCGCUGCCACCAACGAACUUGCGCGGCUGCCAUCUCAUACGGAUUCAGUACGACGUUUGUUUCUUAAUAGAACCAAAAUCGUUGGAAAAACAAAUCAAGCUGCAGCUACCGAUCACGCUCGGUACGUACCCGUUCAAAACGGCAGACGGUGACGACACGAACGAGUGGGCCGAAACCAUUUACAAACCGGAAACACACUAUCCGUCUACAUUACCAAUCUUUCGGCCCUGGUUGCACGAGAAGAACGAUCAAAAAUAACCCGCCCGCCCUAGAAAGCAUGCAAAAUGGCCGAUCGAUGGUGCCAUACUUGAAGCGUUUAGUAAAGACAGUGGAGAGCCGCACCCGGUCGCGGAACAUUUCACACUACGUGAGGUAAUAUUACUGUGAGAGUAUGAAUGACAAUUUGUGUUAAACAACAACAAAAAAAACAACCUAGAAAGCUUAAAUAUAAUCCACAGCGGAAUAAUUAUUUUACCCUAAA